AUGCUAGCCAUCAAAGCAUUUUCACAAGUUUCCAAAUCAUACAAGGCUAGUGCUCCUAAUAAAAAGCUUACGACGUUGUUCUAUGUUGCUUACAUCACUCUGGGACUAACAACGCCUUUCCUUUUACCGGCUCGAAUGGCCUCUAAAGACACACACUGCUACAAAGAAGGAUUUUGUUCUCAACGAUCAUACACUAGGUUUUAG